GUUAAUACAGUAACAUUAACAUUAGUGCACGUGAAAUGUGCCAUGGGUUAUUAACAAACUGACAGAAAAGAUAAUUAUGUAUGAAUAUACAUUACAUGUAAUAUGAUAACAGGCCAUUAGCUCUUGGGUAGAUAAAAUCUCUGAGAAAACCCAUUUCCGUCGAAAACAAAAAAUAUUAUUUGAAAAACCCGUCAUUAAGGGCGGAGUCAUCUACUGCGAUGGGUUAUAUUACAAAGUUGGUUUUUAUUCUACUUUUGUGUACCAAUAAUCAUGUUAUAUGCAGUAGAAAUAUAACAGGCAGUUUAAAACCACGUGAUAACUCAGAUGUUACUGAAGUAGCCUGUUCCAUUUUUACCAUGCUCCAAAGAUGUUCCAACUUACUGAAUGGUUGUGGUCACGUGUGUGAUGAAUUCAGUAAAGCGUGUGAAUGUUCAAUUGGUGGUAAAUUCUUUAUUGCAACCUGUCAGAACAAUACCUUAUCAGAAAUAGUGACAUUUCUUCGAAAGCAACCUGUAGUUUAUAAUAAGGCCAUCGUAAAAUGGGAAAGUCUUGCAGAAAAUCCCUUAAAAAUAACAGACUAUGUAAUGUCGAGGGUCUUCAAUGGUAAACUGUUCCACAGAUAUACAAGCAGGAUGCAACACGCCAUCUCUUCUGUUCGUACUUCAGAUAAAAGAACUGUCAGAACAGGUAAAUUAAACAGGGGUCGUCGCCAUAAAAAAAAACAAGCAUCGCAAGAUGAAAGAACUAUAGAAUUAUCGUGUUUUUUGUUUACUGCUUCUAAAGAUUGUUCUACACAGUUUACCAAUUGCAGCCCUGUGUGUCGAAAAAUGGCAGACAUAUGUAAUCAACUGUCCUUUUACAGUAAAUUCUUAUCUUUAACGUGCAAAAAACAUACGUUAUAUGACAUAAUCGCUCUCUACCCAAAUUUCGACGACCCGUUAAAACAAACGUCAACAGACGUGAAAAUAUUUUGGCGGGAUCUUAUAGACGACCCUGUUCUACUAAUGAAAAAUAUUGCAACGGGAGCGUCUAAUAAAGGGAUCUUCGCAACACAUAGUGAAGGCGUCAAAUUUCAAAAUCAAGGUGGGCUUCGUAAUAAAACAGAUGAAAAGAAAAAACAACAAAAACAAAAAUUCGCAAAUAAUCAACCGGAAAAUGAAACUUCAAAUGUUGAACAAAAAUACCAGGAAGGCCUAGUUAACAAUUGUACAGACCACUUAGUUCGGGAACAAAUCGGCUCUUCGGAUGUUAAUCGAUUUAAUAGUCUUGUUGUACUCGGCCUUUCAAUCAUCUCAGCUGUACUUAUUUUUCUUGCGUCACAUUAGUUGGCAAUUCAAUAAAAAGUGUACCGGUACCAAAAUUUCAUUCCGUUUAUUUCCCGAUAAGUGGUUUAACGCCGCUUCCUUAUUGGUGACAUCGCAGAUAAAUUUUGUCUUGCUCUACAGUGUAGACAUUCCUUUAGAGUGAAUGUUACAUAAUGUCAAAAUCGUAUUUGGUCGACUUUAUAGAAAACCCUUUCAAUGAAAACCUUGGUUGCAGAAAAUUCAGGUCAAAGCAAACGCGUUGUUCUAAACGGAACGAAAAUAACAUGUAUUUUAAUUAGAUUGUUAGUUAGAUCGUUAUAUACAGUACAAACUCCAAUAUAAUCUCGCUAUGUAUUUUUAACAUUUGAACGGGGAAUAUUUCUAUCUUGUAGACUACUUUACUACUCAAAUUCCCCUAGCAAUAAGAUGUAUUUUCAAAGAAUAGUAAACGGUAACGUCCCUGGUCGCGCAAAAGACUUCAAGGUGCCCACAUUUCAUUAGGCCAUAGGAAUAAUUAUGAUAUACAAAAAUAUAAAAUCAGCAGAAAAUAAUCUACUCAUAAAAUGAAAUUGACUUUCACGGAUCUCUAUGGAAGAUCAUUAGGGUCAAUCAAAUGAAAAAAAAAUUCAAAUUAUCUUGUAAAUGGCGUUCCAUGGCUUUAAGGAGAGCAUGAAAUCAAUGAAUAAUUGAUAAAUGAUAUCAAUGAAGUUGGUCGGACUAUGAAGUUAAAGCAAUAAUUGCAUUUUUUUUCAAUUAUAUUUUUAAAACAUGUUAAAAUAAAGCCUUCACAUACAUGGCAUCUAUACACACAGUCCUACCUUGUUAAAAAUAAUCCUAAAUCCUAUAAUUCACUUGUGUGCGUUGAGAAAUUGGCAGAUAUAUCAUUUUCUUUUCAAAUCCAACGUUGCUUUUUAAAGUGUUAUUAUCAAGUAUGCUGGUUGAAAUGUCUCGUCUCGCUCAACCAGGCAUCAUUAUCAUUAUCUGUUUAACCACGGACCUUGACAAUCUUACAUUAUGUAGACUAAGUUUUCCAGUGAAAAGAAAUGAUACAAUUUCCAAAUACUGUCCGCGAGGAGAAAUUAUUUCAAACUUUCGGUGAGUGCUAGAAUGAUUCCUUUGAUUGCAUAGUAGUGAUUUGACAACCUAUAAAGUAAUAGAUAUAGAAAUAAUAAUGUUUUGACGUUCUUAGAAAAUGUGCAAUUAUCGCUUUAAUGAGAGUAUGAACUUAAUGAAUGGUUUUUAAUGGGGGCAUGAAAUAACGAAUGAUAUUAAUGGGGGCAUGACCUGAAAGUGCCGAUCCCGUAACAUAAAAAAGUAUUUCGUUGACCUAGCUAUCCAAUAAAUCAGUGUAGGGCGACCUUGAAAUAAACUAAUGGACUUCUCCGUAUCUUGUAAUUAAACAUGAAAGGUAGCUUGUAGGCCUAAUCACAAGAUAGUUAUAUAAAAUCAUUAUUUUGUAAUCACCAGAUAGUUAUAUAAAAUGGUUAUUUGUAAUUAGAAAAUAGCUUUGAAUUUCUGGUUCAGUGGUUUUUUUUUCAGUAAGUGUGCUUUUCAUUGUAAAUGGUCUAUUGUAGCCUACAUUUAAUUGUUAAAUAUUAUUAUAUAUAUCGGUAGUGUAUUAAAUAUAUACAUUAUUUUCAUUUUUAAGUAUGUACAUUAUUUUUAAGUAUCAUAUGUAGAUUAAUUUUAAUGCUUCUAUUAUAUGUUGAAAAAAGUAAAAAGCAUGGAUGAAUGAGUUUUGAUAUGUAUUAUGCAAUUUUUACUUCAGUGUUUUGAUUUUGAUUUUAUGGGGAUUCAUUACAUUUAUUUAUGUAACAGUUAAUGAUGUUAUGACGUGAUAUAACACUGUAGGGUUAUUUUAGGUCUAAGAAAAGUGUUGUUUUUAAAUAUAGAAAUCUUUACCUACAUGAUGUAUGACGAAAACUAGGGUAAUGAAGUAACUUGCAUCAUCCUACUACUAACUUACUUAGACUAACUCACCCCCAGUUGUGUCAGUAUCCUUUUCUGGAAAGUAGGGUACUAUCGUCCAGUCAUCUCGUGCACGGAUUAGUCCAAUUAAAUAGAAUAAUGUUGACGUUAAACGGUGCCUAUAUGAAACACUUACCCAAAAAUGGUAAUUGUCCCGCCCUAAUAGAUGGCGCAUUACAUUGUAGGAAAGAGCGGGUUUGAUUUACCUUCAGACAAUCAUUCGGAGCUCAAAGGGGAACAUACCUAUAACCUCCUCGGAUUAGAGGCUAGGGUGAACACAUCAUCCUAGCGCGAACCUUAUGUAGAACUAUAAAAGAAGUAUGUGGCUUUUAUCACGUUUAAGCCGUUAGGUCUGAGUUAGAAAGGAUAUUAAACUCAGACCGUGGAUAAUUUAAUAACUGUUAUAGAUAUUGUAGUUUCGUGUAUGUAACCUUUGUAGUUUGCUGUAUUCGUUAGAUAAACUGAGUAACAACAUAAA